GUCUAUUUGCGGAAAUAGAAAAGCUCGAAAACCUGAGUGGUCCGCGAAUGCGUACGUUAUGAUGCAAUUCGUAUCAUUCACGACUGUUUACUCCAGUAAACAACUGAUGAUCGCUUUUUUUGCUUUGUUCACUCAGUAAUCGUUCAGUCACAUGAAUACAGCACGAUCUCUUCGAUAUUUGAACUCAGUCAGUAGGAGUGUACUGCCUAUAUCCACUGCUAGAUUCGUACAUGCUAGGAAUACGUUCAUCAAUUUUGUUCCACAGCAGGAAGCAUGGGUAGUCGAACGAAUGGGAAGAUUCUACAAAAUUCUUGAGCCGGGAUUCAACAUCCUCAUACCGGUCAUAGAUCGAAUACGCUUCGUUCAAAGCCUUCGAGAAAUUGCCAUAGAGAUUCCACAACAAGGCGCAAUCACCCUCGAUAAUGUGCAGUUACAACUGGAUGGAGUGUUAUAUCUACGCGUGAUCAAUCCGUACAAGGCUUCCUAUGGCGUCGAAGAUCCUGAGUUCGCCGUAACUCAAUUGGCUCAAACUACGAUGAGAUCCGAGGUUGGCAAAAUAAAUCUUGAUACGGUUUUCCGAGAGAGGGAACAGCUGAAUAUAAGUAUAGUUGAAGCAAUCAACAAAGCGGCUGAGCCGUGGGGAAUCAAAUGCAUGCGAUAUGAAAUCCGUGAUAUGCACAUGCCGGCGAGAAUCCAAGAAGCAAUGCAAAUGCAGGUUGAAGCUGAACGAAAGAAGCGAGCUGCAAUUUUAGAGUCUGAAGGAACUAGGGAGGCUGCUAUUAACAAAGCAGAAGGAGAGAAAAGAGCGGCAGUGCUCGCUUCCGAGGCCAAGGAAACCGAGCAGAUAAACGUCGCUAAAGGUCAUGCUGAGGCGUUGUUGAUCAAGGCAGAAGCGCGUGCCAAAGCCAUCGAGAGGGUUGCCACAGCUUUGAUUCAGAAGGGAGGAGACAGUGCUGCCAGCCUUAGCGUAGCAGAACAGUACGUCACAGCAUUCGAGAAGCUUGCCAAGGAUACGAAUACGGUAGUGUUACCAGCAAAUCUGACUGAACCCAGCUCAAUGAUUGCACAAGCGCUGGCACUUUAUCAGAAUAUUGGGAAGAAACCGAUUAGCCAGGGAUAGUGUAUUAGUACGGUGAUUCUCCUAUCUCGCAUAGUUUUUGUUGUUCUUUUAUGAGUUCAGAGAAAU